CAACGAUAAGCUCCCCUGUAACCCCGCGGUCAAGUGAGUUGACCUGGACAUUGUUCGAUCAUGGCACACAAAUUCCCUCCCGUGCAAGGAGGAGGCUCCCUCAUAGUCGCCUGGCAGGCGAAAGCGAAACAUGUUUUAGUUGUCGGUGGUGGAGAAGUGGCUGCAGGUCGCAUCCUCCACGCCCUCAAUGCCGAUGCCAAAGUAACCGUUGUCUGUCCUACCUCCGGCCUCAAUGAUGAAGUGGCAUUCAGGGUAGCAGAGGGGCAAGUUAAUCACAUCGAUAGGAACUUUGAGGCUGCCGAUCUGGACGGCGCAGAUAUGGUACUCUGUGCCAUUGAUGACCCAGAAGCCUCGACACAGGUCUGGAAGCUCUGCAAGGAGAAGCGUAUCCCUGCAAACAUAGCUGAUGUACCGUCGGAAUGUGAUUUUUACUUUGGUAGCGUCCAUCGCGAUGGGCCAUUGCAGGUCAUGGUCAGUACCAAUGGAAACGGACCUAAAUUGGCCAGCAUUGUUCGCAAGAAGAUAGCGGAAACCCUCCCCGACAAUAUGGGCGCAGCUAUAGACAAUGUUGGUAAGCUGCGGAGGAAGCUGAGGGAUGUCGCCCCAAAUCCUGACCAAGGCCCGAAACGAAUGAAGUGGAUGUCUGGAGUUUGCGAGUCAUGGAGCUUAGAGGAUCUUGUCCAGAUGGACGACAGUGACAUGGACGGUCUUUUAGCCCAUUACGCAUCCGGGAAGAUCCCGACCCUGAAUGAAGUUCGGUCCUCUUGACCGAAACCACUCAGUAGAGACCUUGUAGCACUAUAACUGAUGAUGGCUUCGUGAAACCUACGACAGCUCACACAUGCCAGUUUAUUGAUGAUCGCUCAGUGACUCAGACCUAUCAUUAACGGAAAUGCUUUCAUGAUAAUUGCUAUUUUGUACAUAGAAUAUAAGCCCAUUGGAAUGAACAGCCUUGAAGGGUGAUAAUUGAAAAUGAUGCA